GGGUGGCAGUCACGUGCCCCAAACGUCCGGCGUUCGCCCCGCCCUGCCAGUUUCCGCGCGCCUCUUUGGCAGCUGGUCACAUGGUGAGGGUGGGGGUGAGGGGGCCUCUCUAGCCUGCGGCCUGUGUCUAUGGUCGGGCCCGUGGCGUCCAGCUGCCCCGGACCGAGCUCGGGUGUAUGGCACCGAAGGAACUGGCUCCGGGGCCCCGAUAACGGGCCGCCCCCGCAGCUCCCGGCCUGGCGUUAGGACCUCCCCUGAUCUGAGAAUGGCUACCUCUCGAUAUGAGCCAGUGGCUGAAAUUGGCGUCGGUGCCUAUGGGACGGUGUACAAGGCCCGUGAUCCCCACAGUGGCCACUUUGUGGCCCUCAAGAGUGUAAGAGUGCCCAAUGGAGGAGGAGCUGGAGGGGGCCUUCCCAUCAGCACAGUUCGAGAGGUGGCCUUACUAAGGCGGCUGGAGGCUUUUGAGCACCCCAAUGUUGUUCGGCUGAUGGAUGUCUGUGCCACAUCCCGAACUGACCGGGAGAUCAAGGUAACCCUGGUGUUUGAGCACAUUGACCAAGACCUAAGAACUUAUCUGGACAAGGCACCCCCACCAGGCUUGCCAGCGGAGACCAUCAAGGAUCUGAUGUGCCAGUUUCUAAGAGGCCUAGAUUUCCUGCAUGCCAAUUGCAUCGUUCACCGAGAUCUGAAGCCAGAAAACAUUCUAGUGACAAGUGGUGGGACAGUCAAGCUGGCUGACUUUGGCCUGGCCAGAAUCUACAGCUACCAGAUGGCACUUACACCUGUGGUUGUUACACUCUGGUACCGAGCUCCAGAAGUUCUUCUGCAGUCUACAUACGCAACACCUGUGGACAUGUGGAGCGUUGGCUGUAUCUUUGCAGAGAUGUUUCGUCGAAAGCCUCUCUUCUGUGGAAACUCUGAAGCUGACCAGUUGGGCAAAAUCUUUGACCUGAUUGGGCUGCCUCCAGAGGACGACUGGCCCAGAGAUGUCUCUCUACCCCGAGGUGCCUUUCCCCCAAGAGGUCCCCGCCCGGUACAGUCGGUGGUGCCUGAGAUGGAGGAGUCUGGAGCACAGCUGCUGCUGGAAAUGCUGACUUUUAACCCACACAAGCGAAUUUCUGCCUUCCGAGCUCUGCAGCACUCUUAUCUACGUAAGGAUGAAGGUAAUCCAGAGUGAGCAAUGGAGUGGCUGCCUCAAAAGGAAGUGAAGCUGUCAUUUCCCUUCUGGACACUUGAGUGGAGAGAACCCCACUGAGAAGGCAAUCUCUGCCUUGAUCUCCGAGGCUGUGGAGACUCCUCUUCCAACUUUUUACAGAGAGUAUUUUGCUGCCUUAAUGACAUUCCCCUCCUGCCUCUCCUUUUGAGGUUUCUCCUCCUACCCCCUAUUUCUUUACACUAAGGGGUAUAUCCCUUCUUGUCCUCCACCCUACCUUGAUAUUAGGGUCCUUUUUUAUACAGGAAAAACAAAACAAAACAAAGAAAUAUGGUCUUUUUUUUUUUU